AUGGGCGUUGGACGCGCGCGCGAGGCGUUGAUGUACCUCCUGACGUGCGCACGCGGUCCCGAUUUCGCGCGCGAGCGCGAGGCGAAGAGGCGCGAGCGCGAGGCGGCGAAGCGCGCGAGAGAGGCGGCGAAGCGCGGGGGAGAGGCGAAUGCAGACGAUGGAUUAGCCCGUCGACGCUCGGACUCUCUCGCGUCGUCGUCUCGCUCGUCGCGCGGUGGAUCGCGGCGUUCGUCCCAUUCGCGGUCUUCUUCGUACUCGUCGUACACGGGGUCGUCGUACGCGGGGUCGUCGUACACGGGGUCGUCGUACGCGGGGUCGUCGUACGCGGGGUCGUCGGCGUCCGACGUCGGCGGCGCGGGCGCGACGACGGCGCCGUCGAUCGAUACGGAGCGAACGCUGAGCGAGGGAUCGGUGGAGGAGGAAGAGACGCCGGGAAUCGUCGGACGGGGGGCGGUGCUGGACGUGACGAUGGGAGACGUGACGUCGACGGCGGUGGAGUGCGGACGAGGCGCGAGCUCGAUUAUGCUGGACGGGUUCGUGGAGGACAUAGACGUCGUGAAAGGGCGCGACGUGUUCGGUGGGGGAGAGCGCGAACGGGAAAUAUUUAAGCGCGCGCUCGUAAAACAGGUGGUCUACGCCGAGGGUGAUUUCGUGCUGAGAGAGGGGGAGACGUGGACGGAGGAGGAACGCGCGGGUGGAUACUUUGUAUACUUUGUCAUUCGGGGCGCGUGCGCGGCGACGAGGUUGGUGCACCCGCGGUAUCCUCGAGCGCACACACCGGAGGCGAUGGCUUUCAUCGACGACCCGAUGUCCAUUCUGCGUCCGAUCACGACGCAGGUGACGCACUUGAAUAACGACUCCGCGAGCGCCUCAAAGUCGGUGAGACAACGCGCUUCGGACAUGAAGCGGGCGGACGAGCUCGCCGAGGUCGGCGUGGCCAAUUUUGUUCGUGGUAGUUAUUUCGGUGAAUACGAAGUUCUUCGCGGGAGAACACCGCGACGGUGCUCGGUACGCGCGCUGGUGAAUAAUACCGCGCUCGGAGUUAUGCCGGCGGAAAUAUUUGAGAAAAUCUGCCGUCCCGGGACAAAAUUUCGAGAGCGAGUCGAGGCAGAGAUUUCGAUGUUCAUCUAG